AAGGGCCAUAGCUUACGUGAGAAGCUUGCAGAAAUGGAAACCUUUAGAGAUAUCUUGUGUAGACAAGUUGAUACUUUGCAGAAAUAUUUUGAUGCCUGUGCAGAUGCAGUUUCCAAAGAUGAACUCCAGAGGGAUAAAGUGGUAGAAGAUGAUGAAGAUGAUUUCCCUGUGAUGCGUUCUGAUGGGGAUUUUUUGCAUAACAGUAACAGCAGUAAGGAAAAAUUGUUUCCACAUGUGGCACCCAAAGGAAUUAAUGGUAUAGACUUUAAAGGAGAAGCUAUAACUUUCAAGGCAACUACUGCUGGAAUCCUUGCUACACUCUCUCAUUGUAUUGAACUCAUGGUAAAAUGUGAAGAAAGCUGGCAAAAAAGACUAGAUAAG